GUUUAAAGAUGGCAAUGCUUGGGUGUAUGUGCUGUCUGUGUGCAGAGUGGUUGGUAAUGAUGCUGUUUUCAUUAGUUUGUGGCCGUCGAAGCGUUCAACCGCGCCGUCUAUCGGAGCCAUCGAAGAAGGGCGCUGAAAAUCAAAAAAGCAUCCGGAACAGAGUCGGCGUCUUCCACGGUUGCAUACCCAUAGUCAUCAUAAUCCUUGGAGGCGACAACUCCAAAGAGAUUUCGGUUGUCAUAGGCCUUGUUGCCGCUCCAUGCUUCGGUGGAAGGAGCAAGCAAGAGCACUGUCAUAAGAACCAAGGCAAAGAUGAAGUUGGCAGAAGCAGUAGAAAUCAUAUUGAUAAUUCAGGGCUGAGACAAAAUUGAAGAAGAGCAACAGAACUUGUUUCUUUUCGAUUGGCUUGUUGGUUUUUGUGGUGGCUUUUAUGAGAGCAUUGGUGGGCCAGAGUUUUCCGUGACAACUUCCCUACCGGUACAAACAUGUACGCUGUACCGGUACAGUACUCUGGCUAGAUUCUCAAGCAAAGAUGAGACAUCACUGUUGUUGGAUUGCUGGACAGGCACACUGAAUAUCUUGUGUGUCUCGAUGUCCCGGUACCGUACCGCUUCAGGAAGAAGGGGUCAAAUCUGGGUACAUUUGAGGCGUCCUUUCUGGUAGUAGGACCUCAUAAAAACAAAAGAUGUCACACUUGUUCGAAACCUUAAAUUGAAUUUGAGGGUUGACAGGCAGGCACCCAACAGACCAUUUUGUCCCAAGUCUGGAAACCGGUACACAAGAAAACACAUUCAUCCAGCGACAGGUACAUGUUAGCAACCGCACAGCUGCAGGUACGUGUCAGCAACCGCACAGCUGCAGGGGAUUGCUGGGACCGUGGAGUAAAAUUAGCGUACUGUCCGGUACAAAAAGAAGAGGUCGAAGAGGACAGGCGCAUCAGAAACUUGGUUGCUUGGCUGAUCGUUGUGUGCACGAAUUCGCUGAGGACGGAAUGAAAGAAGUAGAUGACACAAGAACUACGGUACUGGGUUGAAUGUACCGGUACCUUGAGGCUCGUAUAGGUGCUCCAGAUACAACAUACGGUCCAAGUGCAGCUAUUGAUACGAAUGGGCAGCUGGAUGGCACCACGCCCUAAAAAGCAACUCAGCUACCGGAAUUGAAGGGCUACGAGACAUAAGAACAUAUGAAGAGUAGAAUGGGAACCAAACAGGAUUGGGGGACUUGGUCACUCAUGCGUUCAUCCUGCUGUUGACGGCCAUCGUUACGAUAUGGAGUAGAUUUCUGGCACAGCCACACAAAGUUGACCCUCUCUCGUGCUUGCUAGCCAGAUUGAAUCAGCCAAGGAAGGUGCGGGCAUAUGUUACGACUAGUUUCGGGGCUGCAGUUGAGAGUCUCAGUCGCGUCUAUCCCAGCAGGCCAUCACUAGCAAGCAAGCGGGGGCAACAGCAACAGCUCUUGCUACAUGUACCAUGCUUCUCGUGAUUUACACCUGCUCUCUCAGUUUGAACUCCGUUCUCCGCAGACGUUUGAAAGCUACAUCAGUACGUUCCGGGUACGGGUACCGGUACAGUCGAAGUGUUACCGUAUUGAAGUAGUGGUUGUAGUACUGGGACUCGACUCGAAUCCCAGCUUUCCUUCCUCCUAUUGCUCAACACUACUUGUAGAAGAAAAAGAGCACGAUGUCCUUCCCGCCAUACCGGUAUCAGUAGUGCUCAAACCAAACGAGGAUUCCAACGUCGCGAGCGAUGGCUGGCCUACUACAGCCAGUGGCUGGCACCGUACCCCCGGCCAGCGACAAGCAAAGCCGGCUGCUGUCAAUCAAAGCUCAUCGAGAUCUAAUCAAUCCCUUUGCCUGCCACCGCCCAUCACUCUCCUCUCACCCCGCCAUCAAUAAGCAAAGCCGCAACCAUCGUUGACAACACAAACUUCAGCGACGGUGUCAGAACGCUUGCCUGCUCGAGUGUUCUGGGAACAUUCCAGACGCCACCUUGAUUGGAGAGCCAGCGCGCCACUCCCGCGACGGUCCUGUUGGCAUUGCCACGGCGCCGUUAACCAACACGUCACCACAAAGCUGAGGCAAGGAAGAAGAAAGCCAAAAGCGUUCUUUUAUUGGCCCAUGCUCCAAUGGAGAGCUGCUUCGUAAACAACGGCUGUUUAGACGAUCCUGGAUCCUUUUUUUUUGGUGGUCUGUUGUCUCAGAAUACCCUACGUUUUCCUGGUUCAAAUGCUGCUUGCAUAUUGAUGGCAUAGAUCAUUUAUUUGAUGCUGUUGUUGUUUGGUAGCGCCAGGUUUCCAAAUAGAUUUUACAGAAGAAAAAGAUAAUCUCAAGAUAGAAUGUGCCAAGCUGACGAAUUACCUCCAACAAUGGCGCCCGAAGACCAAAGUCUGGUGAAGGAGCUUUUGGAAAAGGCCAAGGCCGAAGCGGGAGAAGGUGCCUCUCCUAUGCAGGUUUGGUCCAUUUUACAACACAAGCUCAAGCCGUCCAUGGCUAUGGAAGUCCAUCAAUGUUGCUAUGAACAGGCGUAUACGGGAGUAUCCGAUGUCAGGCCCUCUUGGGUUCCUUCGCCUGAAUCUAUCAGCAAAACCAAUAUUCAUAAAAUGAUGGAAGAAAAAGGAUUCAGUAGUUACCAAGAGUUCUAUGAAUGGUCUGUCAAGACGGAAACACGAGAAGAAUUUUGGAACCAAACAGUAGAGAAGCUGGAUAUCCAAUGGGAAGAAAAACCCACUGGUGUCUUUGACUUGACCAAAGGAGGACCGGCUCAUGUGAGCUAUUUCCCUGGUGGCAAACUCAACAUUAGCGAUUCGUGCUUUCACAAGCGAAAACCCACCGAUGCAGCAUUGGUCUAUGCCAUGGAAUCCGACCCACGGGCCAUCCAAACCAUGACAUUUUCCGUUCUGGAGAGACUCUCCAACCAAAUUGCCCAUGCCAUCCAUGAUCGCCUGCAGUUGACACCGGGUGAUGCCGUCGCCAUUUGCAUGCCCAUGACACCCGAAUCCAUUGCCAUUUACUUGGGAAUUGUCAAGGCCGGCUGUGUCGUGGUUUCCAUUGCAGAUUCCUUUUCGGCCACGGAAAUUGCGACCCGUUGCCGUCUUGGAAAUGCCAAGGCCAUUUUCACACAAGAUGUCAUUUACCGAGGAGCCAAGUUCUUGCCUCUCUUCAACCGUGUCCUGGAGGCGGAUGAGAUUGUCCAAGCCGACCAAAGUGACAAGGAAACCAAGUCAGACGCGGGAAACGACCGCCUCAAAGUUGUGGUUUUGCCGGGGAUGCUGCAUGCGGGUCCCUACAACACUACCAACGCCACUACCCUGGAUUUCAACGAGAGUGGCACCUGGGAUGAUAAAGAUGCUCAAGGCAACCCAGUGGCACUUCACCCCUCGGUCGUCGAAACCAUGAGGGAUGGAUUGGACCACAGUUGGCAUGAUAUGAUUUUUCACGCUAGCGAUGAGUUUGUCAGUGUCAAGCGCAACAGCAUGGACGCUUGCAAUAUUUUGUUUUCCAGUGGAACCACGGGAGAACCAAAAGCCAUUGUGUGGUCCCACAGUACACCCAUCAAAUGUGCCGUGGAUGGAUACUACCAUCAGGAUAUUCAGGUAGGAGAUCGCGUGGCCUGGCCAACCAACAUUGGUUGGAUGAUGGGACCCUGGUUGCUCUUUCAGCUCAUGAAUGGGGCCACUCUGGGCAUUUUCAACGGCGUUACUUCGACGGAUGCCUUUUGCCAAUUUGUGGAAGAAGCCAAAAUUUCCAUGGUGGGUGUGAUUCCCUCCUUGGUAAAGGCGUGGCAAGCACGUGAUGCUACCAAGGACUGCGACUGGAGCUGUGUUCGUCGGUUCAGCUCCACGGGAGAAGCCAGUGAUCCCGAGAAUUAUUUGUGGCUCGUGUCCCGAGUCCCUGGAUACGCUCCCGUGGUGGAAUACUGUGGAGGAACCGAAAUUGGAGGAUCCUACCUGUCGUCAACUCUGGUGCAACCCAAUGUUCCAUCCAUGUUCUCCACUCCAGUUUUGGGAUCGCAGCUUUACUUGUUGGAUGCCGAAGGUAAAGCUUUGGAUGGCAGUGAAUACAAAUCAGGCGCUGUCGGUAGCAUCAGCGGCGAAGUCGCCUUGGUGCCUCCAACCAUUGGAUACAGCACCCAUUUGCUGAAUCGCAAUCACUUGGAUACUUACUACAAGGGAAUGCAACCCGGUCCCAACGGUGAAGUUCUGCGACGACACGGGGAUGAAAUCGAAAUGGUGCGCAAUGCCCAGCAUACAAACAAGAGCAAGGAAGAGACGGCUCCCUAUUUCCGUGCCCUGGGUCGCUGCGAUGAUACCAUGAAUAUUGGUGGCAUCAAAGUCAGCAGCGUCGAGAUUGAACGCGUUUGCAAUCUGGUAGCUGAAAUCAAGGAAACAGCCGCCAUUGGUGUGGCUGGACCUCAUGGUGGUCCUUGCAAGCUGGUCAUUUAUGUCGUGCUCAGUUCUGCUGCCGGUGGAGCUGACGACAAGGCAGCCUUGAGGGCGGCCAUGCAAAAAAUGAUCAAGGCCAAAUUGAAUCCCUUGUUUGGAAUUUCGGAUGUGGUAGUGGCAGAGAGUCUUCCCCGCACGGCUUCCAACAAGGUGAUGCGUCGUUUGCUACGUGAUGAGUACCUCCAAAAGUGAGUGAGUAAGUAAGAAAGAAAUGAAACUACAUGAUGAUACAGCACAAUCCAUAACACUGGAGUGGCAGCUACACAGCUUGAUGAGAAUAAGCUUGAACAUGCACACAACAACCAACGCCACGCCACCAACAGCACGCUAACCCUGUUAUCUGUACAGAACGAAGAGAGAAGGAGACAAACUCGUGCCUGACCAUCCCAGCCAUGCACGCAACCAGGCAACCAUGCAAUCCGGCAACCAUGCAACCCUUCUAUACAAAUAAUGAUAAGGACAAAGACCGCCACUACAAAUAAAUAAAUGCACGUUUAAAAAAGAAACAAGCAUCACUUGCUUAUUCCCCCGCAAAGGGCACGGAGGACUCA